UAUUCUCAAUCAAAAGUCCUGACAUUGUGAUUUUUAUCAGGUAGAAUGUUUACUCGAGAUGAACCGGUUAGGCAAUCAUUGUUGUUAUAUUUUAACUUUGUUAAAUAAAAUUUAAUCAAGAAUUUUAAAAUUAGAGAUCAAUAACGUUCCAUGACGACUUUAAUGAAAUAUAACUGAUCUAUGCUCUCAGAUGCUCUUCAUGUAUUCUUGUACGCUUGCGCAGUAGUACAAAACAUGGUAGAAGGGGUAGAGAAUUAGUGGUGGGGAGCCCGAAAGUAUUGGAGCAAUUGAGGAACUCUUCUCAGUUCGACGACAGUAAAAUAAGGAGUCGGAUAGAAGUUAAGCUGGUCUAACGUAUUUCAAUCAAUUUAUCUACGUUUUAAGAUUAUUUAUUCAGUAAAAUUUAUUUUAAUGAGUCUCAGUAACAUUAUUAACGUAAUUUUCGACGUUAUCAGAAUAAGAUUGCUAGAAGAUUUAUAAAUUGAUUUUUGCAGUUUUUGUGUGUGUCUGAAAACAGUGAAACGAAUGUUGUGACUUGACCACGAUAUUGAUAUUUUAUAUUAUUUAUUUAUAAAGAAUUAAAAACAUUAAAAUUUAAAAAUGAUGAUGGAUUAUUUUGUCACGAAUAGUUCAUUGGCACCUGCACCUAUGGGUAUUCGAAGUACUGCAGGUGCUAUCCCUGUUAAAAAUGAUAAAGGAGAAUUGUCCAUGAAGAAAGUAAAAGUGCAUCGGUAUAUAUCAGGAAAACCAGUAUUUGUAAGAAACAAAGAUAGAAUUACAGUAAUGGAACGAGAAAAAGAAGCUAUGAAACAAAAACAAGCUGAAAUUGAAAGUAGAAAAAUGGCAGAAGAACGAAAAAGACAAACAUUAAGGAUGGUUGAGGAAGCAAUUCGUAAAGAAACUCAAGGUGAAAAAAUGGUUGAUUCUAAUGAAGGUAAAAUAGAAGACGUUUGUACAGAUGAUGAAAAUGAUGAACUCGAAUAUGAAGCUUGGAAACUGCGUGAACUGAAAAGAAUAAAGCAUGAUCGUGAAGAACGUGAAGUAGUUGAAAAAGAACCUCUGGAAAUUGAAAGAAUUCGAAAUCUAACUGAAGAAGAACGCCGUCAAGAAGCUAGAUUAAAUCCGAAAGUAGUCACAAACAAAGCAGCCAAAGGAAAAUAUAAAUUUCUACAGAAAUAUUAUCAUCGUGGUGCGUUUUACUUGGAUAAAGAGGAGAAUAUAUUCAAACGAGAUUUUUCUGGUGCAACAUUGGAAGAUCAUUUUGAUAAAACAAUUUUACCUAAAGUCAUGCAAGUUAAAAACUUUGGCCGUAGUGGAAGAACCAAAUAUACUCAUUUGGUUGAUCAAGAUACAACGCAAUUUGAUUCUUCUUGGAUAUCAGAGACUGCUCAAAAUCUUAAAUUUCAUAAUAAUCAAGCAACUGGAAUGAAACAAGUUUUUGAAAAACCAUCGCUCAAGAAAAGGAAAAACAUAAUUUAAGAAAUAAUAGUCAAAACAUUUUUAUUAUUUAUCUUUUAAAUAAAGUACAUAAUUAUUGUAAGAUACAAUUAAUUUACAAUCUUUUUUCCUCACACCAUUUGAAUAAAUUUGUUAAUUACAUUUUUGAAGAAAUUUUAGAGCUCGUUUUGCUGCGCCUACUUUUGCUAAUUUUAUAGUCUUGCCAAAUCCAUGAAAAUAGCGAUAUUUACCGAGAGUUUUAAUUUCUAAAGUUACCAAUAUUUUUUUAGUAUUUUCAUCAAUUUUAAUUUUCGAAAAUCGUGGUUUAAUACCUGGAGUUUCAUAAAGGACACGAAUAGCCUGCUUGGGCACUUUUUUACUAAAUUUAUUAAUUUCGUCAUGCAUUAAUGAAUAAAGAACGCUCCAAGUCCUUGUGAGAUCUUUACCACUAUCUAAAUAAACAGCUCCUAUUACGGAUUCAAAAAUAUCACCUAAAACUUUAGGCACGUCAACAUAUUCUGCUACAUCACAAUCAUCUUCUUCUAAGAGAAUCCGAAGUAACUCGUCAUCAACCACAUAAUUUCUAUGUUCUUGAAAUUUCACAAAAUUAUCAAUACUUUCGAAUAAAGUAGGAGUAUAAGAAAGUAAGGCAGUAUUUAAUUUAUAUUUUACAGUUAAACAUCCAAAUGUGAUAUUAUUUACGAGGGCUGACCUUAAAUCAGUUAAUUCUCCAGGAUUUAAAUUAUUACAAUUCUCGUAAAUAUAAACCGUAAUCAGAAAAUCGAUUACUGCAUCACCAAGAAAUUCAAGUCUGUCAUAACUUAAUGUUAUUUUAUUCGGAGAGUAUGAAGCAUGAGUGAAUGCUUGAAGUAAAAAUGUACGAUCUCUAAAUUUAUAGCCUAGAACCUCUUCUAUAUGAUCUACCCAAUUCAUGUAAAUAUUUAUAUCACCAACGUUUAAUGCUGCACUUUUUGGAGUGCCAAACAAUAUUUGUUCAACGUUUACUUGAUUCGGAAUGAUUCCAAACCAUUGUAGGAGUUUGCUAGCUCCUAACAAAUUCAUGUUUUUAAGAUAAACACCAAUAAUAGCUUCAACGGAAUCAGCUAUCGUUUUAUCUGGAAUAUUUUGAAUGUUUAUAAAAUGCUCAACUCCUGUAGAACCUGUGGGAUUUAUCCAUGAAGAAAUUUUAUUUAAAAAUUCAUUGCGAGUUUCAUCAGAUAUUAUACCUUGAAAUUGUUCGGAUUGAGGUAUAUUAACUUCAUAUAAAACACUUGGCGAUUUAUUUUGUGAACGUAUCAUUUGUUGAAUUUCUUGAGGUGUACAAAAAGAUGGUGAAAUAAAAUUACUUUUUG